AUGUCCAGCACAACCAACGAAGCAAACAACAAGACUGCUACUGCAGCACAACAAUCAUGGUCGGUCGAGGAUGUAGUUAAGGCAGAAUUUCCAGUUGUGCCAAAGGAGAAUUCGGAAUCGCCUGUACCUUUCUUUCAUAUGUUGGAAAGAUUAAAGACUACCAAACGUGAAGGAUGGCGUAGAUUUGGUAUUAAGAGAGGAGAAUCAAUUUCAGAUCAUAUGUAUCGAAUGUCACUCAUUACCAUGUUCGCGCCUGAAUCUCUCGCCUCGAAAAUUAAUAUUCCACAUUGCACAAAGAUGGCUCUCGUUCACGACAUGGCAGAAGCACUUGUUGGGGAUAUUACACCAGUUGAUGGAGUACCAAAAUCCGAGAAGAGCCGACGUGAAGCGACAACGAUGGAUUACUUCACCAAGAAUCUAUUAGGUCGAGUCAAUGGAGGACUUGCCGGUCAACAAAUUAUGGAUAUCUGGCAGGAAUAUGAGGAUUCCAUCACAUUGGAGAGCAAGUUCGUUCAUGAUGUAGACAAGAUUGAAUUAAUUCUUCAAAUGGUAGAAUAUGAACGUUCUGAAGAGGAAGGACUUGAUUUGGGGGAAUUUUCAUGGGUUGCUACUAAGAUUGUUCUUCCAGAAGUUCAAGCUUGGGCAGAUGAAAUUUUGAAGGAGAGAGAAGAAUUUUGGGCUGGAAAGAAUCAUCUUGUAUACAGUCAAGUCAAGAAGCCGGAUGAGAAGAAAUUGGCACAAACUGAUGAAUAUUAUGGAGGGAAGGAAAAUGAGGUUACAAAGGGUUGA